AUGGCCUCCCUAUCGCUGCGGACCCUCGUCAGGCCCGCGAUCCCAGUGGCGCCUCGGAUCCAGCCCUUGAUAGCAGCGUUUUCCACCACCAGCCUCCUCGCCGCCGGCCCCCCCGCGGUAAAGAGCCGCAAGGACCUCCCGAAGAAGACGAAGAAGACGUACAAGAAGAAGCAGAACAUCGUGCCGGUCAAGAAGCCCGGGCCGGGCGAGCGCAAGGCCUUCCGCAAACGAAUCCAGCUCAGCAACAACAGCGCCCUGCCUGUGACGGGCAUUGAGAGCCUCGAGGCGCAGACCAUGGCCAGGGAGGAGAGCGGCGGCAAGAUGUUUGCCGUUCCGGACCAGGUGGUGGAUCAAUUGAGGGCGUUGGAGGCGUUCAAGACGACACAGACGUGGAACCUGUUCCGGAAACCCCACGUCCUGGUGCGGAAAGAGACGGUUGAGCUGAUGAGCAAGCUGGAUGCGUCGGUAGAAAAGAAGGAGGCCUUCAAGUGUUUAGGCCAAGAUCUCACAAACGGAAACACGGAGUUUUCUCCCGUUCCUGACACAGAGCCCAUGCAGUUCACCCAGCCCGUGUACUGCCUGAAGCUGAUCCAAAACAUCUACAAGGCUAACAAGGCCGUCCUCGAGAAGACGCCUCUCAAGAUGGAUUGGUCCCGCCUGACGGGCCUUAAACAGGGCGCAACGCUCGCCGACCUGGCCCUCAGCGCAAAGGAGAGCGAAUUCGCCUGGCCCACGCUGUCGGCCCUGUGGACGGAGCUGACGCAGCCCGGACAGCCCCCCGUCCUGCUUACGCUCGACGGCCUCGCCCACAUCAACAAGGUCAGCGCCUAUCGUGACCCUUCCUUCAACAUCGUGCAUGCCCAUGAACUGCUCCUCGUGCGCACCUUUGUCGACGCCCUGUCAGGCAAGACGAAGCUCCCCAACGGCGGCGCCGUCAUCGCCGCCACCUCCGAGAACAACACCCACUACCACCCUUCGCAAGAGCUCGUCCUGUCGCAGCUGGAAGCCGGCCAGGCAGGCCGAGAGGUGCCCAAGCCCAACGCCUACGAGAAAAAGUACGACGACCGGGUCUACGACGCCCUCAAGAACAGCCAGGUCAUUCGUCUGGAGGGCGUUUCCAAGGAUGAGGCGAGAGUGCUGAUGGAGUACUGGGGCGCUAGCGGAAUGCUGCGCCGUGCCCUUGAUUCGAAGGCUGUAGCGGAGAAGUGGGCUUUGGGAGGACAUGGCAUUGUGGGUGAGAUGGAGAGAGCUUCACUUAUGACGAUGAGGAUGUAA